AUGGGGACUGGAAACUACACAACUGUGACAGAGUUCAUUAUUUUGGGGUUAGCAGAGGAUACUACAGUUUGUGUCAUUUUAUUUAUUGUGUUUUUGGGAGUCUAUCUGGUUACCUUAAUAGGCAAUAUCAGCAUAAUCAUGUUAAUCAGAAGCAGCCCUCAGCUUCACACCCCAAUGUACCUUUUCCUCUGCCAUUUGGCCUUUGUAGACAUUGGGUACUCCUCAUCAGUCACACCUCUCAUGCUCAUGGGCUUCCUCAGGGAAGGAACCUCUAUCAGUGUUGCUGGCUGUGAAGCUCAGCUCUGUUCUCUUGGUUCCGUUGUUUUCUUUGGGUCAUCUGAGUGCUUCCUUUUGGCUGCCAUGGCUUAUGAUCGCUUUGUGGCAAUUUGCAGUCCGCUGCUUUAUUCCACCAAAAUGUCCACACAAGUUUAUGUUCAGUUACUCACAGUGGCUUAUGUAGCUGGUUUUCUCAAUGCUUGCUCUUUUACUAUUUGCUUCUAUUUUUUACUCUUCUGUGGACCAAAUCAAGUCAAUCAUUUUUUCUGUGAUUUUGCUCCUUUGGUUGAACUCUCCUGUUCUGACAUCAGUAUCCCUGCAGUUGUCCCCUCAUUUACGGCUGGCUCCAUCAUUGUGGUUACAGUGACUGUCAUAGCUGUAUCCUACAUCUACAUCCUCAUCACCAUCCUCAGGAUGCACUCCACCGAGGGGCGCCACAAGGCCUUCUCGACCUGCACGUCCCACCUCACAGCAGUCACUCUGUUCUAUGGGACCAUCACAUUCAUUUAUGUGAUGCCCAAGUCCAGCUACUCAACUGACCAGAACAAGGUGGUAUCUGUGUUCUACAUGGUGGUGAUCCCCAUGUUGAACCCUCUCAUCUACAGCCUCAGGAACAAUGAGAUUAAGGGGGCUCUGAAGAGAGAGCUUUGUUAA